CAAAGCGGAAGUAGUGAAAAAUAUCCUCGAUCAUUUUGCUAGCCGUGCGGAGGCUAUCCGAAACGCUGUUUCUGUAUCAUCCUCAGACAUUACCGACAACGGCGUCGAAACAUGGACAGAUAGUGUUUGUUUAAUUGGAUUUACUGACGUGGUCCCUGUCAGAAGAUAACCCAUCACACCUGUGCCCACAUUGGACUCUCACUCAGGACUCUGACACAGAGGAGACGCAACAGUUUAGCCUCCUGUGAAACUUCAGAGUCCCUCCACAUUUCCUGCGGCCACCAGCAUGGCUAACAGCACCACCACAGCUGUUAAGGCUUUGGGGGGCCCUGGUCCUGCUGGCAGAAGCAGUCCAGAAGGAUCUCAGGUGCUCAGUAAAAAGAAGCUGCAGGACCUGGUGAGAGAGAUUGACCCAAAUGAGCAGCUGGAUGAGGAUGUUGAGGAGAUGCUGCUACAAAUUGCAGAUGACUUUAUAGAGAGUGUAGUGACAGCAGCCUGUCAACUGGCACGCCAUCGCAAGUCCAACACCUUAGAGGUGAAGGAUGUUCAAUUACAUCUUGAACGUCAGUGGAACAUGUGGAUUCCUGGUUAUGGAUCAGAUGAGAUCCGGCCGUUCAAGAAGGCAUGCACCACAGAGGCUCACAAACAGAGAAUGGCGCUGAUCCGCAAGACAACCAAAAAAUAGCAAGACCGUACACUAAUAUGUUGUACCCACUUUGUGUAAUUUCUUUUCUUUUUGGAUGGUUUUGUUUUUUCCUUUUCAAUUGGGAUCUUUUGAGACAGAUUAAGAAAGAGAGGGUUUGGGUGGGGGGGGGGAUUUUUUUUUCUUUUGACAUUAGUGUUUCAUCGUCAUGUCUCCCUAACUUUUGAGUGUUCUGCCAGCACCAUCACACAAUAUAAUUGUUGUCUCUGAUUCUGUUUUGUUUGCAUUAAGCUAAGCCUGGCAGAACUCUAUUCAUUGCAUUUUUGUCAAUAAACAUUUACUGGAAUACUCA